AUGUUGGAGAUGAGUAUUGGGGACAAAGUCUCGUUAGAAUUUGAGGACAAAUUAGACAUAUUGAAAGAAGAGUACAAGUUGGCGGAUCCUGAGACUCUUCUGGAACUUUUACUUGUAUGUGAUGGGUCUUUAAAGAAGACUAGAGCCAUUCUUGAUGAAACUUUCCAGAGAACGCUAUCUUCGAAGCAUGCAUUGUACCAAUCCAGUAUCACGUCAAUGUUCAUGGGGUCCAAGAAGAGGAAAGUCGAACAACCAAAGAAAUUAGAACAGCCCGGAGAUAACGAAAGGACCAGAAUUAUCACACUUUAUGAUGAACAUCAAGUAAAGGAAUUCUUACAUCCUUAUGUUUCUUUACAUAAAAACUUCACACCACACAAGCUUUCUAACGUGAUGCUUCAAUACUUGAUGGAAAAUAAACAUAAAUUCUCUCCCACUGAAUUUUAUAUGUUCGAGAAGAAGUGUAAGUCUGAUCAUUCACUGGGGAUGCUUUAUUUGCCUGGAGCUGUGAAUACAGACGACAUGUACUAUAAUGGGGUACGGCACAACACUUAUGAGCUCGAUAAUGAGUUACUCGAAGUCACGGAUCUUGUUAAUUCCUAUCUAAAUGAUGAGAUAAUACCUAAAUAUCCAAAAUUACCUUUCCAACAGCCAGAUUUCAAAUGUUCAGGCUGUGUGGUCAACUAUUAUGAGAAUUUAUCAAAUAAAUUAGAUUGGCAUAGUGAUAGACUUCAAUCUAUUGGUCCACAUUGUUACAUAGCGUCCUUAUCAUUAGGUUCCACUAGAGAAUUCAGAUUGAGACGUCAUUCACAACCUAAAAUCAUCUAUUCAAUUCACUUGCCUCAUAAUUCCUUAUUAUUGAUGCAUCCUGGAUGUCAAGAAUUAUUCAAGCAUUGUGUUAAUCCUUUGAAAAAGACAUUACAAAUGAAUUCGUUAUCACAGUCAUCAAGAUUUAACUUGACUUUCCGAUAUUUCCCUCCAAAUUUCACUGCACACCGUCCGAAAUGUAAAUGUGAUUUACCAAUGGUCCUAAGAAGGAGUUAUAAAUCCCCCAAUGAUGAAAAUUUCGGUAAGUAUCACUGGACUUGUGAAAACGUAUACAUGAACAAAGAUUGUCAUACAUUCCACUGGGCAGAUUUCAAUGACCCCGACAACAACUUCAUCAGUCAAGACAACGACUCAGUAUCUAAAUGGGAUGGUCAAUAG